CAGCCGUCAUGGACAAGAUCCUGGAGGCGGUGGUGACUUCGUCGUACCCGGCAAGUGUGAAGCAGGGGCUGGUGCGGCGCGUGCUGGAGGCGGCCCGGCAGCCGCUGGAGCGGGAGCAGUGCCUGGCGCUGCUGGCCCUGGGCGCGCGCCUCUACGUGGGAGGCGCCGACGAGUUGCCGCGCCGCGUGGGCUGCCAGCUGCUGCACGUGGCCGGGCGCCACCACCCCGACGUCUUCGCCGAGUUCUUCAGCGCGCGUCGCGUGCUGCGCCUGCUGCAGGGGGGCGCGGGGCCCCCGGGCGCGCGCGCGCUGGCCUGCGUGCAGCUGGGGCUGCAGCUGCUGCCCGAGGGGCCCGCGGCCGAGGAGGUGUUCGCGCUGCUGCGGCGCGAGGUGCUGCGCGCCGUGUGCGAGCGCGCGGGGCCCGCCGCCUGCGCGCAGGUCGCCCGGCUGCUCGCGCGGCACCCGCGCUGUGUGCCCGACGGCCCGCACCGCCUGCUCUUCUGCCAGCAGCUGGUGCGCUGCCUCGGCCGUUUCCGCUGCCCCGCCGAGGGCGAGGAGGGCGCCGUGGAGUUCCUGGAGCAGGCCCAGCAGGUGAGCGGGCUCCUGGCGCAGCUGUGGCGCGCCCAGCCCGCCGCCAUCCUGCCCUGCCUCAAGGAGCUGUUUGCUGUCAUCUCCUGCACAGAGGAGGAGCCACCGUCCAGCGCCCUGGCCAGUGUGGUCCAGCAUCUCCCAUUGGAGCUCAUGGAUGGUGUUGUCCGGAACCUCAGCAAUGAUGACAGUGUGACAGACUCCCAGAUGCUGACUGCCAUCAGCAGGAUGAUCGACUGGGUGUCCUGGCCCCUGGGGAAGAACAUUGACAAGUGGAUCAUUGCCCUGCUGAAGGGCCUGGCCGCUGUUAAGAAGUUCAGCAUCUUGAUCGAGGUUUCACUCGCCAAAAUUGAAAAGGUCUUCUCCAAGCUGCUGUACCCCAUCGUCCGGGGAGCCGCCUUAUCUGUUCUCAAGUAUAUGCUUCUGACUUUCCAGCAUUCACAUGAAGCCUUCCAUCUGCUCCUCCCUCACAUCCCCCCUAUGGUGACCUCUCUGGUCAAGGAGGACUCGAACUCGGGGACCAGCUGCUUGGAGCAGCUGGCGGAGCUGGUCCACUGCAUGGUGUUCCGAUUCCCUGGCUUCCCAGACCUGUAUGAGCCUGUCAUGGAGGCCAUCAAGGACCUCCACGUUCCCAAUGAGGACCGCAUCAAGCAGCUGUUGGGGCAGGAUGCCUGGACCUCACAGAAGAGUGAUCUGGCUGGCUUCUACCCCCGGCUCAUGGCCAAGUCAGACACAGGCAAGAUUGGUUUAAUCAACCUGGGCAACACGUGCUACGUGAACAGCAUCCUGCAGGCCUUGUUCAUGGCUUCCGACUUUCGACACUGUGUACUUCGGCUGACUGAGAACAAUUCUCAGCCCUUGAUGACCAAGCUGCAGUGGCUCUUCGCCUUCCUGGAGCACAGCCAGAGGCCUGCUAUCUCCCCUGAGAACUUCCUGUCUGCAUCCUGGACGCCCUGGUUCAGCCCCGGAACCCAGCAGGACUGUUCGGAGUAUCUGAAGUAUCUGCUAGAUCGGCUGCAUGAAGAGGAGAAAACUGGGACAAGAAUUUGCCAAAAGCUGAAGCAGUCCAGCUUGCCCUCCCCACCCGAGGAACCCCCUAGCCCCAGCUCAACCUCUGUGGAGAAAAUGUUUGGAGGCAAGAUUGUGACUCGGAUAUGCUGUCUCCACUGCCUCAAUGUCUCUUCCCGUGAGGAGGCCUUCACGGACCUCUCCCUGGCCUUCCCUCCCCCUGAGCGCUGCAGGCGCAGGCGGCUGGGCUCUGUGAUGCUCCCUGCCGCUGAGGAUGGCAGUGCCCAGGAACUGCCACCGGCUCAGGCUGCCGGCAGGGUGGGGCCUCAGAGGCAGAGGAAACAGUGCAUCACCGGGGCUGCGCCCCCUGCGGUUUUGGACAUGGAAGGCCUGGGCUCCAUCGCAACAGGGCAGAGCCUGCAGGAGAAGAAGGUGGAGAGGGAGGAGGCAGGGAAGGAGAAAGCAGAGAAGGAGGAAGUGGAAGUGAGAAAGGAAGAAGAGGAGGAAGAGACUCAGGAAAAGGAAGAAGAGGGGAAAGAGAAAAGAGAGAAGGAAGAGGAGGAGAAGGAGGUGAAUGACAAGAAGGAAGAGAGCGGCCUGGGGCCAGGGGCUCUCCAGGAUGCCGCCACCUCCACCAGGGAGCAGGUGUGUGGCCCCGAAGGUUCUCGCUCGGUCCUGGAUCUGGUCAACUACUUCCUGUCCCCUGAGAGGCUGACGGCAGAGAACCGCUACUACUGCGAGCCUUGUGCCUCCCUGCAGGACGCCGAGAAGGUGGUUGAGCUGAGCCAGGGCCCUCGCUACCUCAUCCUCACCCUGCUGCGCUUCUCCUUUGACCUGCGCACCAUGCGGCGCCGCAAGAUCCUGGACGAUGUCAGCAUUCCCCUCCUGCUGCGGUUGCCCCUGUCUGGAGGACGGGGCCAGGCCUACGACCUCUGUAGUGUGGUGGUACACUCAGGAGUGUCCUCAGAGAGCGGGCACUACUACUGCUAUGCCCGAGAGGGUGCUGCGCGCCCCGCCCCCGCUCUGGGGGCCACCAACAGGCCAGAGCCUGAGAACCAGUGGUACCUGUUCAAUGACACCCGGGUGUCCUUCUCCUCCUUCGAGUCUGUCAGCAAUGUCACCUCCUUCUUUCCCAAGGACACGGCCUAUGUGCUCUUCUACCGCCAGCGGCCUGGGGAGGGGUGUGAAGCCGAGUCGGGGUCUCCCCGAGUCCGAGCAGAGCCCACCCUCCACAAGGACCUGAUGGAAGCAAUUUCCAAAGACAAUAUCCUCUACCUGCAGGAGCAAGAGAAGGAGGCCCGGAGCAGGGCGGCAUACAUCUCUGCCCUCCCUGCCUCUCCACACUGGGGGAGGGGCUAUGAUGAAGACAAGGAUGAGGAUGAAGGCUCCCCGGGAGGCUGCAGUCCUGCAGGUGGCAAUGGUGGUGACUUCCACAGACUGGUCUUCUAAUACAAACCCUCUCCUAUCCUGAUUCCACCCAUGGGAACACCACAGUCAACUUUAGGGGACAAAAAUUACCUCUUCCUUCUGGGAGCCAGGUCAGAC